AGGCUGAAGUUGGUUCUUUCCCACCCACUUCCGCCUGUCUAUAACUCGGUGCAACACCAGACCCCUCACAGACUCUCCCGAGAAGAAAAACAGCGAACUCGCUCUGAACGACCUCAGAAAAACAAUCAAAGCACAGUGAACGCCAAGAGUUACAAGUUAACAAACUCACUAUGGGCCAGAACUGCCUUCAGUGUAUGAAAUACUUGUUAUUCAUCUUCAACCUUAUCUUUUGGCUGGGAGGAUGUGGGAUUCUCGGAGUUGGAGUGUGGCUGGUGGUAACACAAGGGAACUUUGUGACCCUCUCCUCGUCCUUCCCAUCUCUCACCGUUGCCAAUUUCUUCAUCGCUGUGGGGUCCGUGAUCAUGAUCGUGGGAUUUCUCGGCUGCCUCGGAGCUGUGAUCGAAAGCCGCUGCCUUCUGCUUACCUUCUUCGUGGUGCUCCUGAUCAUCUUCCUCCUCGAAAUGACUGUCGGAAUUGUAUUCCUGUGUUGCCAGGAUACGAUAAACCAGUAUGCAAAGAAGGAACUGAAGAAAGGACUUCAGUUCUACAACACAUCUGGACACAGCGAUUUGACCAAUGGCUGGGAUAUUGUGCAGAUGGAUUUCCGGUGCUGUGGCGUCAUCCGCUAUGAUGACUGGUUCUCUGUCCUAAACGGAAGUAAGGUGCCCGUUUCCUGCUGCUUCAAGCUGGUCAACAACUGCUCGACCAUCCCUGAUAUCUGGUGGAAAGACCCGUGCUACGACAAGGUUAUCAAGUGGCUGAAGGAAAACAUCGUGGCGAUCUGCAUCUUUGGACUUUGCAUACCAGUGCUACAGCUUCUGGGCCUUAUCUUCUCCCUGGUGAUGUACUGCCAACUUGUCAAAGCGGAGAAACACUACAGCUGAAAAGCAAUUCCUUUUUUUAAAAUUUCACUACCUAUUUUACAUCUCCCUGGAUGCCUGCCUCUGUGAAAUCUGGGAUUCCGUUUCUUCAUCACUAGUGUCUGGCACCUAGGCCAUCUACAAGUAGGCAACAUAAGGGGUUCCUUCCAUGGGCUCAUGACUCAUUCUGUGAUAUUUUCUGUACAGGAUUCUUUUUUUGCCACCUCAGACAUCACGAUCUUGGCUGCGCUCGGCAUCGUAUUGAGUGCAGGAUGGGGUCACCACAGAGCUAAGGACAAGUGACCAAAUAAUUUCCAGUGAUGUCACCUGCAAGGGUCAGUGCAGCUGAGCCAAUCCUCAGUCAAUCCCUACACACCUGUUUACACACCUUGGUGAAAUCCAACAAAAAUGGGGGGACCACUUUGUCAAGCACCUCCUCUCCAUCUGCCAAUUUCCUGGUAUCAAGCAUUUUAAUUCCCAUCCCCAUUCCCAUUCCAACAUGGCUGUUCACAGCCUCGUCCUCUGACACAAUGAGAUCACUCUCAGGGUGGAGGACCUCAUAUUCCAUCUGGGUAGCCUCCAACCUGAUGCUAUUAACACCCAGUUCUGCUUACAGUGAAGAUUUCCCUCCCCCUUCCCUCUUCUAUUCCCCAUUCAGGCCUCUUACCUCUUCUCCUCACCUGUAUAUCACCUCCUCCUGGGUCCCCUCCUCCUUCCUGUGGUCCACUCUCCUCUCCUAUCAGAUUCCUUCUACUCCAGCCCUUCAUCUUUCCCAAUCACCUGGUUUCACCUAGUCCUCCUUCUCCCCCAGCUUUUCAUUCUGGCAUCUUCCCUCUUCGUUUCCAGUACCGAUGAAGGGUCUUGGCCUGAAACGUCGACUGUUUAUUUAUUUCCAUAGAUGCUGCCCGGCUUGCCGAACUCCCCCCAGCAUUUUGUGAGUGUGUUUCUCUGGAGUUCCAGCAUCUGCAGAACCUCCUGUGGCUGCACCUGAUUGGAGUCUGGAGGAAAAUGCUUUCAGUGCUGUAGUCGACUAUCAGCUUUUCUCAAAGCCCUAGCUGGUAGCCAAGCAUAGGUCAGAGGUGAAGACUUCUGAUCUGAUUCUGUUGAUGGUUAAUUGUCAAAACAAACUUUGUAGAAGCACAUCCUUCAAUGUCCAAUCACAUGACUUUGUUCCUUCAACUGCCCACUCCCUUACUUGUGCCAUGGUCACCUGGUAUGUCCAUCCCCAUGAUGCCUUGCCUACUCAAAGCCAAUAGAAAUGCAAGUUCUUCCAUUGGAUUCUUCUUGACUGUCAGUCAAAAUGACUCCUAUGCCCUCCUUGUCCAGUAUUUUAAGCAACUGUAUUUUUUUGUAUAAAUAGAGACUGGAAAAAAAACACUAAUCAUGAUACAGAACACCAUUCGACCCAUUUACAUUUUCCAGCCCUUUCAUUCCUCCACCUUGUCUUUUGUCAUUUUAAACACGUCCUGUGAAAACCAAUGUUGAAACUACUUCCAGCAAAUUUUCCCUUAUCUCUUUCAAGAUUAUUGCAGCCCACUGCAUAAUAAAAUAAAGAAUUCUUAUCAUCUCCCCUCUGGCUCUUUUGCCAAUUAUCUUAGAUUUGCAUUGCCCACUUGUCAACUCUCCUGUCACUGGAAAAAGCAUCCAAACCCCUCAAGGGGACGUAAGAUAAGCUCUUGGCGGGAGAAGUAGGGAAGGUGGUAUAGUGCCAUUUCUGUCUCAGCUUCAAAAGCCCACGUACCCACUCUGGGGUGAUUCAAACCUGUGGCCCAUGGAAAUGCUGUCUUUCAGUGAACCAAUAAGUGAAUGGCUUGUAACACGUAAACAUUCUCAAUUAAAGUUUCUUAUAUAAUUGUG